ACGACGACUUUCUCGAGCUUCAGCCUCCGGUCUCUCUUCGACCGCCAAAGAAUCAGAAACUUUUCUCUGACUCUUUUAACUCCACGGGAUUUCUGAGAUUUCACCAUCACUUUCGCCUCUUCCAUUGUGUAUUUCGCCUUUCCUUUCCAGGUGGCUCGUUUUGGUUGGAAUUUGAAGACUGCGUUCUUGCAAUCUGCUGUCAUGGCAUCUAGGCGGAAUGUUCGUUACAGCUCCCUUCCCACUGAUGAUAACGAUCUUGAUUAUGAAGGAAGUCAGUAUGACCCUCGCUUUUCUUAUACACCCAAAUCUUUUGACAAGGUCCCCUGGAAAUCCAUCGCUCUUGCAAUCUUCCUGUUACUUCUUGGAUCAUUGCUUCUCUUUCUUUCGUACUUUGUAUUAAGAGGUCACAUGCCAGGAGAGAAAUCUCAAGCCUAUGGUCUUCUAGCGUUGGGGGUUCUGACCUUCCUCCCAGGCUUUUACGAAACCAGGAUUGCAUAUUAUGCAUGGAGGGGAGUUAAUGGAUAUCGCUUUGCUUACAUCCCCGAUUACUAGUUGUGUUCCUAUCUCGAUGGUGCAUGGUUGUUUCGUUCACUCUUUCACUGUAAACUAAACUAUCAUAUAAAUUAUGGUGUGUACAGAAUCAUGUCUCUUGAGUUUGUAAUUUAUUCAUCUUUUAUUCUUCUUUCAUAGCUUGUUUUUUUUAGGUUAGAAAAACUUGAUAGAUUUGUAGCUGAAACUUAUGAACUCUGUGCCCAUGCAAACACUUCGAGUGAGAUUAUUCCAUAUGACUAAAUGCUUGGAGCAAGGCUUAUGCAACAUCGCUGCCUUUGGAUGGCUUGUGUUUGGGCUCAAAGCAAAAAGUUGUAGAUUUAAGAAUUGUUUAGCAUAUUGUUGUUUUUGGAAUGGACAAAAGUAAAAGAUUUGUCCUCUGUCUUGAUGGGAUCUCUACAAUCUUACAAACUUAGAUUACAACAA